AUGGGCUCCAUUCCUCCGCCACCUUACAACUACUAUUUCCAGCCUCCUUUCUAUCCAGUCACCGUCCCUCAGCAGCCCGUCUAUGCUCCUUUCAGCGACUACUACUUCCCCGCUCCCUCGCCUCCUGCUACGUACACCCAGGGCCCGCAGCACUGCUGCUGCUCACAGUGCACUGAAGUCCCACGGGUCUCUCAGAGCAACAACAUCACCGACAGUAAUGCCCAGAACAUCUUCUCCCCGACUGCCCGUAUCAUGGUCGGAAACUUACCCCGGGACGUCGAUCCGGAAAUGAUAAGGAGUGCAUUUAACGACAUCGGCCGGAAUUUCGUACAUCUCGUUAUGGGCGGCAAAUACCCUGUUGCCUUCGUCCAGUUUGUGACGCCCGAGCAGGCCCAGCAAGCGCUUGGAAAGCAUAAACGGAUCAUCCUUAAUGGACGGACUAUCCGCGUCGAGCUAUCGAAGGACGGGCAGGAUGAGUUGGAAUACCGAAAGAGUCUCACGGAGGCGCGCUUAAGGGAAGACGAAGACCCUGGGAUUGUCGAGUGA